ACUCUUGGUCAGCAGUGGACAAAACAGCAACUACAUCCGGGUAAGAUUUGUGUGACCUUGGUUGGGUAAUCGUCAUGGCAGCCAUCGUCAGGAUAAGUUCGGUCUACCACAGAGGUGUCAAACUUCUGUUUUAUCGCAGCUCUCUGCUCGCACGACCCUUGGUCACACAGCAAAAGGACCAAGACCAGUCCUACCUGUUGACGGCUAGGAUUCAUGGAUCCUCAUCUCUCCAUGCCGGCUCUGUGUCCAAAGCUGCCUCCCUGCAUUGGACAGGAGAGCGUGUGGUAAGCGUACUGCUGCUGGCCAUGGGGCCUGCUGCCUACUACUUCCCUGGACCUGUUAUUGACUACUCACUGGCUGCUGCCCUCACCCUGCAUGGCCACUGGGGGAUUGGACAAGUCUUAACGGACUAUGUUCAUGGAGAACCGAAGAUCAAGAUGGCCAACGCAGGCCUCUUCCUGUUAUCGACUGUCACCUUUGCCGGUCUGUGCUACUUCAACUACAACGAUGUAGGCAUUUGCAAAGCGGUGGCCCUAUUAUGGAGCAAAUGAAUGGACUGAGGUUUGGGAUAGGGGAGGAUGUGGGCACUGGGACAUCGGCCAUCUUGUUCUGGUAUGAUUGUAAACAUUCAAGGGAUUAUGUACAUUUCUAUAAAUAUAUAAUUUCACAAGUGUUGUAAUUCAUGUUGAUGUUUGUUGUGCUUCAACAGGCCUGUUAAUGAUCUGCUCCUGUUGAUUUAUGAUGUGGACUAAACUAAAUAUAAGUUGUCCUUCUGACCCCAAUCAAACAGUGUAUGCUGCAGUUUAGUGAAAUGUUAUACGGUUAACUUCUACCUGGGGCCUGUUAGAGGGUGCAAUUUUACAGAACGCUUCGAUAGAAAUGCAUUUUGUAGAUGGAAUUGUCAGGUUUAUUCAAUGCAUUUCUAGCUUCCCCUCACUGAGUUCACUCCUGUUAUCAAACUGCUAAUAUUCAUAACACUUUGUAAUGCUUAUGAGGAAGUAUCCGGUGAUUUACAUAUCUUUAAUUUCAGAUCUAGUAUGGCAAAUUACUUCAUCUGUUCUGUACUAACUUAAUUUAUUAUGUAGACAUUGCAUCCUUAUUUGUGGUAUGUUUUGUGUCCGUCACCAAUCUGUAAAUACCAGCUAGUGCCCUUCAAGACCAUUGCAGUUGGCUUAGUGCCACACAUUUAGUCUGUUUGACCUUGCAGUCUGAUUUGAUUGACAAGAGCAAAUGGGUGUGACCACUAGCAGUAUUUAAACUGUAGCCAUACUGUUCUGGACUUUAUGGGUCUGUUCAGAAGGGAUGUGAUGUUAUAAAAUGUUUAGAUGGAUAUGCAUUUUGUAGAAUGUAUGAUUUGUCAUGCAGAAUUGGGCAUCGCCGUAGCUCUAUUCAUGACAUUUCUAACUGCAACAUUCUAAACAUUUCACCUCACUGAGCCCAUCCCAGGUUGAGCAUGUAGAAGAGUAGCCAUACUGAGCUGUACACCAUUGCGCUUCCAUUUGUACCAACCCUGUUUGUUGUCAGUCAAAUGACAAUAUCCUGGUUUGAUAGUAAUGUGCAUAAUUUACUUACACAGCUGUGCCUGGCAUCACUCUUGCUUAGCAUUUAUACACUGUUGGCAGGAAUGACAUUUUCCAUUUAUCUGAUAAAGUGUAUGUAUGAACAGCUGCUAAGCGUCAUGAAGUUAAGUCACGAGUGCAUGCACCUGGUCAAAAUGGCAUCGUUUUAUUUUGUACUGUUGGGAGUGUCGGCUGAAACAAGUAGGAGUUGUCCUAGUUAAACAGCCAAGAAACAUGAAGGUCUUUGUCCUACUACUACACAUGUCUGAAAGCUUAAAUGGCUUUGGAAAUUCAACUGUUUUGUCUUUUUAUUAGGUCUUGUUGAUUUAUACAUGUCACCAAUCUGUUCGGUCAGAUUGUUACGCACAGAAUAGCUUCAGAAUAAAGUGGAUAUUAUGGAUUGUGUUUGACAAGAUUACAGAUGUCUGUUUAUAUAUUGAGUGGAUGGUAAACUACACACAUAGAACGUGUCUGUGAGGAAGUAUUCUGAUGAUUUAUUAACAUUUCUCAUUAGUAAUUUGAACGACGUGUACACUGACUUGAAGUACUGCCGAUAUUAGUGUAAUCAUUAAACACAACUGUUGAGAAUGA